AUUGUUCCUGUUCUCUUUCUUAAGUCAUUUGAAACACUGUCCCUGCGAGUUCUUUAAGUUCCUUGUAAUCUGUACACAAGAGAAAGAGGGAGAGAGAGAGGGAGAGAGACAAAGAAAGCAGGGAUCAGGUAAAGGAUUGGGGCUGCUUCAGCCAUUCAGACCUCAGGAGCUGGAAAAUUGCCAAGGAUGCAGAAGGAGUUGAAAGUGAUCAAAGAUGAGGAUGGGCAUUUCAACCUGGGCGUGAAGAGGAUCCCUGCCCUUCCCCACUACCUGCAGCCAGGGGCUUCCCGAGGGAAGGCGCCCCCCAGGCAUCCCUUCCCGGAGGCUCUCCGGGGACCCUUCUCCCAGUUCCGGUAUGAACCUCCUCCGGGAGAUCUAGACGGAUUCCCCGGGGUCUUCGAAGGAGGUGGGUCUCGGAAACGGAAGAGCAUGCCCACCAAGGUGCCCUACAGCCACCCUGCGGAGGAAGCCGCCGUGGUCCUCCACUCGGAGAACAAAAGCCACGGCCUUCCCCGCCUGCCUCUGCUGUUCCCGCCGCCGCCGCCGCGCCCCAAGUACGACUCGCAGAUGAUCGAUCUGUGCGACGUGGGCUUCCAGUUCUACCGCGGCCUGGAGCCUCCGGGGGGCAGGCCCGUCAAGCAGGAGCCCCUCAAGCCCAGCGCCGUGUGGCCGCAGCCGACCCCGCCUCCGUUCCUGCCCACGCCCUUCCCCUGCUACCCCAAAGUCCACCCGGGCCUCGUGUUCCCCUUCUUCGUGCCCGCGGCGUCGCCCUUCCCCUUCAGCCGGCACACCUUCCUGCCCAAGCAGCCGCCGGAGCCUCUGCUGCCGCGGAAAGCCGAGCCCCAGGAGAGCGAGGAGACCAAGCAGAAGGUGGAGAGGGUGGACGUGAACGUGCAGAUCGACGACAGCUACUACGUGGACGUGGGCGGCGCGCAGAAGCGCUGGCAGUGCCCCACCUGCGAAAAGUCGUACACCUCCAAGUACAACCUGGUGACGCACAUCCUGGGCCACAGCGGCAUCAAGCCGCACGCCUGCACCCGCUGCGGGAAGCUCUUCAAGCAGCUCAGCCACCUGCACACCCACAUGCUGACCCACCAGGGCACGCGGCCUCACAAGUGCCAGGUGUGCCACAAGGCCUUCACCCAGACCAGCCACCUUAAGCGCCACAUGAUGCAGCACAGCGAGGUCAAGCCGCACAACUGCCGCGUGUGCGGCCGGGGCUUCGCCUACCCCAGCGAGCUCAAGGCCCACGAGGCCAAGCACGCCAGCGGGCGGGAGAACAUCUGCGUGGAGUGCGGCCUCGAUUUCCCCACCCUGGCGCAGCUGAAGAGGCACCUCACCACGCACCGCGGCCCCAUCCAGUACAACUGCUCCGAGUGCGACAAGACCUUCCAGUACCCGAGCCAGCUACAGAACCACAUGAUGAAGCACAAGGACAUCCGGCCCUACAUCUGCUCCGAGUGCGGCAUGGAGUUCGUGCAGCCCCACCAUCUCAAGCAGCACUCCCUCACCCACAAGGGUGUGAAGGAGCACAAGUGUGGGAUCUGCGGGCGGGAGUUCACCCUGCUGGCCAACAUGAAGCGCCACGUGCUGAUCCACACCAACAUCCGGGCCUACCAGUGUCACCUCUGCUACAAGAGCUUCGUGCAGAAACAGACUCUCAAGGCGCACAUGAUCGUCCACUCAGAUGUGAAGCCUUUCAAAUGCAAGCUGUGUGGGAAGGAGUUUAACCGGAUGCACAACCUGAUGGGCCACAUGCACCUGCACUCAGACAGCAAGCCCUUCAAGUGCCUCUACUGCCCGAGCAAAUUCACCCUGAAGGGGAACCUGACGCGCCACAUGAAGGUCAAGCACGGCGUCAUGGAACGCGGCCUUCAUUCUCAAGGUUUGGGAAGGGGGCGCAUCACCCUGGCGCAGACGGCCGGCGUCCUGCGGAGUCUGGAGCAGGAGGAACCCUUCGACCUGUCCCAGAAGCGCGAGGCCAAGGAGACCGCUUUCCAGUCGGACGGGGAGAGCGCCAGAGGCAGCCCCUGUCCCGAGGAGGACGAGGAGGACAACAGCUGCGAGGCGGAGCCCUACAGCCUCGGCCUGCGCCCCCAGAGCCAGCAGCUCUGCGCGGCCCAGGAUCUGUCCACCAAGCCGGAGCAGGGCCUCGGGGCGCAAGGCGAAGCCCGCACCGAGGAAGAGGAGGAGGACAUGCCCCUAGAAGAGCAGGAGGAGAGGAGCGCUGGCGACCACGGGGCAGAGGGCGGCCCAGAGAGAGAGAGAGAUUGUGCCCGCAAGGAUGAGAGUUUCGGCCUCAGGGCUCUGCAGAGCACCCGGCGGGGCCCUUCUUUUUCUGAUUACUUAUACUUCAAGCACAGAGAUGGGAGUUUAAAAGAAUUACUGGAGAGGAAAAUGGAAAAACAAGCAGUGCUUUUAGGUAUCUAAGUGGACAGCUUUAAGAUUACAUUUGGAAAAGGAGAAGUAGGCAGUUGGAAUAUAGCUUUCUGCAUGAACUGCCACUUGCUGGGGGCUGGCGGGCAGUGUCAGUCUUCACAAAUGGCUCAGACUAAAUGAGCAGGCACCGUCCUAGGUAAUGCAAAUGCUUCUCAGGUCGUGCACCAGGCCCUUGAGAGUGCUGGCACGGUGCGGGGGCUUCUGCAGCAUAACGAACUGCACAUACUCCACAUAUCUCACUGUAAGCUGAUGCUGAGGUGCUUAGAAAUUCUCUUAUUUUUCUCUUUGACUAAUAGGCAAUACCUGGUAAAUUUCUAGUU